AUGGCACCACCAAGCAUCCCCAGUGCACGCAUGCAGACUAGUGGCAAAGGGAUCCAGCAGACUCCCUCAGCUUUGGCAGACUUGGUAGCUGAGCUCUCCAGCAAGAGCAAGCUUGAUGAAUUCAGACUCUUCUUUGACAUGAAAACCGGGCCCUGGGAUAAACUCCGUGGGCAGCUCAAUACCCACGUUCAGUCCGUCUACUCUUGGGCCGAUCUCCGGAAUAACGAGACUCAACGUCGCCUGUGCGCUAUGGAGUUUCUUGAUGAAUAUGGAAUCAAGUAUUGGGGAGAAGAAAACCGAGAAAAGAAUCUGAUUGAAGAUCGUCUCGACGGGAAUGAUGCUUGCAGAUUUCCCCAAGACAAGAAACCCAUGACCAGUGCUCUGGUAUUGCUCCUCGAGAAAUCAUCCAAGACUCGACGCGCUUCCGUUGCGCAGGAUGUGAGCUUCCCCAAUUUGACGGUUCUGCUGAAUUCACCUUUGUGGUUUAAUUUUGUUGAUUGUAUUCAGGUAACCGGCUCUCACCCGGACGAGUCAAACGCCGCUGGUCCUGUCACUGGCAAUAACGCCGUUGAGACUAGUCUCAAUGUCAACCAUGUCAACACGCGUGUUUCUCCGACGAUUUCGAGUACCGAGGCCAUGAAAGGGUCAUUGACUCCCCAUGAAGGAACGGAAGGAAGUCUGAUGGCCCCUCGGCGUGCUAUGACUGAAGCUCUGGCCCCUCGGCCUGUUAUGAUGGAUAUGACUGCUAAACAUCCGCCGGCCAAGCCUGGUCGUCCGAGCGCCUUAGUAGGGCUUUGCCUGAACGAUGCGCCUUCAACUAUGGACGUCAUCCAGCGCCAGCGAAAGCUUCCCGGAUCGAACAUGCUGGCCACCUACUUCUUGGUGACCUCAUCGGAAAGCCCCAGCCCUCGAGAGCCCGUGUGCAUACCUUUCGAGUUCUACCGUGACUCGGACGACUUCCUCGAUAAGAUGGAAGAGAAGUUCGGCGACGAAGCUUCGCGCCAGCUUUACAACGAGAUGCCCAGCCUGUCACGACGGUACGCGGUGGUCCGUUUGCACUGGUCCGGAGUUAGCUUUCUAAUUCGCCGAGGAAAGCCGGAUCUGCAAGCGCUUGACCAUCGAGUCUUUUGUGCGUGGAAAGCGAAGGAUGAUGGUGAAUUGACCAUGAUCGAGUUUGAGAUCGGCGUGACCCUGAAGCCCGAGGUCUGA